CACAUUAAACUGAAACAAACGUAUUCUUUGCUUCAUCUUUGCCCGAACUUUCACCAAACAAAAGCGGUUACAAGAUCUUUCUAGAAACUCAAUCGAACAUUUUCAUUUUCCUUCACUUUCCUUUCGCAACUUUCUUCACUCGCUUACUGCUCUUCUUCUUCUCCUCAAAACUGUGCCUUGUUAUGCGAAAAGACGGAGGCAUGGCGACUGCGAAUUCAAAAGCCGGAGUGGAAUCGUAUAUCGGAAGCUUUAUAAGCUUGAUUUCCAAGUACGAGAUUCGCUACGAAGGCGUUCUUUAUCAUCUCAGUGUUAGUGAUUCCACCAUUGGCCUUAAAAACGUGAGGUCGUUCGGUACGGAGGGACGGAAGAAAGAUGGACCGAAAGUUGCUGCGUCCGAUAAGGUUUAUGAAUACAUUCUGUUUCGUGGAAGUGAUAUUAAGGAUUUGGAAGUUAAGUCCUCUCCACCUCCCCAAAGAGAGGAGCAGAUUUAUGAAGAUCCUGCUAUCAUUCAGUCACAGUAUGCUGGGGUGCCUUUGAAUUCUCCACCAUCAGUAUCAGUUGGGGGUAAAACUUUAAUGGAAUCCAUUCCAUGGCAGGAUACUCCUGCUUUGACUACCAGAGAUAAUCCAGGUGCAUUGCCUACAUAUCAGCCUGUAACCCAGGUGGGUUCGCUGAAUCAAUCUCAAGCUACCAAGAAUACUGGUGCACCAUCGUUUGCCACACCAAUGUAUUGGCAAGGGUAUAAUGGAAGACCUAUUAAUAGUUCUCACUCUCCACUGCAUCCUAUUUCUUUUCAUUCCCCAUCCACCAUGUCAUCUCCCUUGACAAUGCAGAACGAUGCACAGAAUCCUGAGAUUGAGGCUUCUCCGAUAUUGGGAUUGAUAACUGCAUCUGAGUGUGGGCCUUCAUCAAUUGCAUCUACUUCCUUAAAUCCUAGUUUUUCAUCCCCUCCCGGUAUGCCAUUCUUGUCUUCCUUUAAGGCAUCUCUACCAUCUCCUGCCCCAUAUAUGACUGACAACCAUCUAAAUAUGUCCUUGGUUCCUUCCUCUUGCCAUGACACAAAAACUGUUGACGAUCAAAUUGCUGGCAAACCUAACACUGAUAUUUUAGUGGAACAUCCUGCCCAGUCAAUGCCCUAUACUGCAUCAUCUUUUCCUGGUCGUGCUUCAGGCCCCUUGCUAACACCACCUCCAUCUUUGUUAACUCCGGAUCAGUUAGUACCAACUAGACCACCUGUGCUUUCUUCCACACAGAAAAUGUAUGCCGAUCAGAAGGAUAUGGGUGCAUUCCCACAAACAUCAUAUAACCCUCAGUUUGCAGUAUCUACCCCAGUAACUCAAGCACCAUUGUUGCCAUUGCCAACUCCUACGCUACAGUCUCGGUACUCUAGUACACAGUUUACUGAAGAAUUUGAUUUUGAAGCCAUGAACGAGAAGUUUAAAAAGAAUGAAGUUUGGGGUUCUCUUGGAAAGGCAAAGCAAAUUGAUAAACCAGAGGAUGUUGAGGAUAAAGCAGCUGGCCAGGGCUUGGCAGAUAAAGAGGCUUAUGCCCCAGUAGACAAUUCUGAUUGUCAGCCUGCAUACAAGAAGGAUGAUUUUUUUGACACAAUUUCUUGUAAUUCACUUAAUCGUGGAAUGAGGAAUGGACAGAAUCGUUUCUCUGAGAGAAUGAAGCUGGAUAGUGAGACUUUUGGCAACUUCAGACAGAGACCUCAUCUAGGUUAUGGUAGCUAUGGUGCUGGACGAGGCGAUAGUUACCGGGGCUCAUAUGCUGGGGGAAGAGGAUAUGGACCAUAUGGUUAUGAUCGGAGGGGACGUGGUGGGUAUAUGCAUAUCUAAUGUGAUAUGAGUUCUAUAUUCGACAAAAAUCCGUGUCCAUCCCAUUUCUGCCUUUUAUCCAUAUCUUCUUUUCAACCUUUGGCUUUAUGAAUAACUGAACUCGAGGUAAAAUGGUUUGAGUUCAUGUUUUUUUGGUUUCUUGCCCAUGAGCUGGCCUUUCACAUAGACUAGUUGAGGGAAACAUUGUCCUCUUAUAUGAAAAAAGAAUAUAAUUAGCUCAUUUAGAUGAGUUAAUGAAUUCUUUGUUUUCCUUCUAUCUCUAUUAAUUAGGCUAUCUAUGUAACUAAUGCACCCAGGCUUCAUACAUGUAAUCCUGUUGUAGUACCACGAGGAAAGGUUUCUAGGACGCCUUAUACUGAUCAUGAUGUAAUAUGUGAAUUUACUUUUACACAUAACUUUUGAAAUGGAUUUACUUUGUUGCAUCUGCAAGAUGUUGAAUACGUUCCUAUUACAUGUUAUUGUUCAAAGUAUGUUUUCUGUGAAGCAUUGCCGGUUGGAAAUCUGGGAUUGAAAUUGAUCUUGUUCGGUCCUUUGCUGAUGCUUGCGUGCAGAAUGUGGUUGUGGGUACUAUCUAUCUUUUUCUGAUCUGAAACUGGACUAGCGUACAUGUUAUUGUUUACAGAUUUGUUUGAAAAAAUAUGGUUCUGUGGAAGUCA